CUAGUCUCUUGUCAAACUCUGAAACGGGUGGUUCGUUGUUUUAAAGUUACAUUAGAGAGACAGAGUGAUUAUGAGUGACGAAAAUAUAGAGGAAGCGGUCCUCGCGUUGUACAAUCAAGAGAACUGGAGGGAUAUAAUUAAUUUAACAUGCGAUUCCAAUAAAUUCGAAAAGUGUCGAUUAUUCUGGGUCCUGCCAACCGUGAACGACUUACACUGGAUCAAAGAAAUCAUCGACAAACAUUAUAUAAGCGGAUUGACAAGCAUCGGUUGCGGUUGUGGAUUGCUGGAGUGGCUAUUCCAAAUGUAUUCCGGGUUGGAGGUCGCCGGUAUAGAGUUGGAUCGGUCAUGGUGGUGCAGCAAGUAUUCCCCGCCAUUGUUUCUGAAAAAUAUAUCGUUCGUUCAUGGGAGUAACGGAACGGACACGUGUAUACCGGAGAACCACGCCCUUUUAUUUUGUUACUUCAACAACGGCCCAGCGUUUUGCGAGUACAUAAAAAAUUUCAAGGGGAAACUCAUCUUUGUGAUCGGCCCCGAGGAGAAUCAACGUCGUUGGACGGAUCCGAUGCCUUUCGAUGGGAAAUUCCGUGAAUUCGGCUGGAGGUUGUUGAACAAAAAGGAAACCGAACGAUCCAAUGAUUACAUUACAGUUUACAGCAGAUGAUGGACGAUGCGUAUAGUUAACACGUUGACUGCCGCACGAUUUCAUAGAGCAAGCUACACAAAACGGAAAAAUAUAAUAUUUAUCCUUUGCACUCGGAAGUUUUGCACUAGAUUUUAACAUUUUCC